AUGCAACUCACCUUCUCUUUUUCUCUCUCCUUCUCUCGAUCCCUCUCCUUUCUGCUGCUAUACCUACUUCCGCUACCGCUCCCACUCCUCUUCUUAUCCUUAUCUCGCUCCCUCUCCUUACCGCCGCUACUCCUGGACGGAUGCCGCGCGUCGUCCGGUAGCGGCGGCCAUUUCGCCUGCCCCGGCGCAACGGCAGGAGGCGGUCCGACCGGCGAACGUUCCCACGGCCAUUGGGGCGUGGCCGGCGCGGCCAUUGGCCAGACCGGCGUCGGUGGCGGGGCUCCGAUCGGCGGCGCGUGGUGGGGAUGGUGCGGGGCGGCGACAGCGACUGCAGGGGGAGGCGCGUGGUGGCCGGGGACACACAACUUGAACAGGAGCUUGCCAGCUCUGGAAAAUCAGUGUUCCAUGUUCUUUGCUCCCACUGCUCCGUGA